UUUCUGUGUGUCUUCACUGAUUUCGAACAAAAUUACAGCUGCAGCUUUUUUUUGCCAGUCACCAUGUCCUCCAACGUUCCAAUUGCUCAUGGCGAUAUCACAGCCCCUACUCCGCAGAACACGCCCUUGACCCAGGCUCCAAUUGCCGCUGGGCUUUCUCGUCCUACUGUGCCAGAUAUAUCUGAAGACAAUGAGGAAGAUGACAAAGAUGACUCCCCUACCGCCGCAGGUGGUGUGCAGGCCGCCAUGCUAGGUCUCGUCCAAGGUCGUCUUGCUGAUUUGGUCGGAAAGAGCUCUGGUUACAUCGAAAGUCUUCCAGUUGAGGUCAAAACGAGUGUAGAGGCGUUGAAAGGGGUGCAGGUAAAACAAAACGAGCUGCAAAAUCAGUACAAACGUGAAUGUCUCGAACUUGAAAAGAAGUAUCUUGAACUUCAAAAGCCUUUGUAUGAGCGAAGACAUGCGAUCAUCUCUGGUUCCGCAAAACCCACUACCGAGGAGAUAGAGGCUGGAGAGAAGCAGUCUUUGAAAGAUGAUCCCGAGUACGCUGCACUCUCCAUCGACGGCUAUCCCCGAAUUCUGGCUUACUGCUCUCCGUAACCAUAUCGGCCUGUC